AUGCUUCAGAAGACUGGAGAGCCCCCGCUAAUAAAUGGCUGGAUUCCUUACCUUGGGAAGGCUUUACUUUUCAGAAAAGAUGCUUUCAACUUCUUACUGGAUCAACAAAAGAAACUUGGAGAUAUUUUCACUGUACAUAUUGCUGGUAGAUAUAUUACCUUUAUCAUGGACCCAUUUCAAUAUGUCUAUGUCAUCCGAAAUAGCAAGCAACUGGAAUUUCAUGAAUUCGCUGAUAAAAUGGCUUCCAAAACUUUUGACUACCCAGCCUUGUCGAACGGAAAAUUCCCCGAUCUCAAGGAAAACCUGCACAGAAUCUACCAGUAUCUACAAGGCAAGCCUUUGGAUAUCAUUUCUGACCACAUGAUGAAAAAUCUCCAGGAUAUAUUUGAAUGGAAAUGCUCACAAGCAACAGAUUGGGAAACAGAAAAAAUGUACAAAUUCUGCUGCUCUGUAAUGUUUGAAGCCAGUUUUGUAACACUAUAUGGAAGAGUUCCUGCUGCAGAUGGCCACAAAGUUAUUAGUGAAAUCAGAGACAAAUUUAUCAAGUUUGAUGCCAGCUUUCCCUAUUUAGCCGCAAACAUACCAAUUGAGUUGCUAGGAGCUACCAAGAAGGUUCGGAAGGAGCUUAUACAUCAUUUUUUACUUCAGAACAUGACAAAAUGGCUGGGAGGGUCAAAAGUGGUCCAAGCCAGACAAGAUAUAUUUGAGAAAUAUGAGCUGCUUGGAGAUUAUGACAAAGCAGCACAUCAUUUUGCCUUCCUGUGGGCCUCUGUGGGAAACACGAUUCCAGCUACAUUCUGGGCCAUGUAUUAUCUUCUGCGGCACCCAGAAGCUCUUGCAGCGGUGCGUGACGAGAUUGACCAUUUGCUGCAGUCAACAGGUCAAAAGCGAGGGCCCACGUAUAACAUCCACCUCACCAGAGAACAAUUGGACAACCUGGUCUACCUAGAGAGUGCCUUAAACGAGAGUUUACGAAUGUGCUCGUCCUCCAUGAACAUUCGCAUCAGCCAGGAGGAUUUUGUUCUCAAGCUUGAAGGGAAUCAAGAAGUCAGUUUGAGGAAAGGAGACUGGAUAGCCCUUUACCCGCAGAUUUUACAUAUGGACCCUGAGGUCUAUGAAGAUCCUAAGGAGUAUAAGUUUGAUCGAUACAUAGAGAAUGGCAAGAAGAAAACCACAUUCUACAAGGCAGGAAGAAAACUGAAGUAUUUCCUAAUGCCCUUUGGCUCUGGGAUCAGCAUGUGCCCGGGGAGGUUCCUCGCAAUGAAUGAGAUGAAGAUGUUUCUUUUCUUACUGUUGGCUCGUUUCGAUGUAGAACUAGUGGAAAACAAAACUGUCAGACUUGAUAACAGUCGUAUGGGCCUUGGUAUCCUCCUGCCAGACGUUGAUAUUGCCUUUCGUUACAAGCUAAGGUCCUUAAGAAAGUGAGCGACUGCCUAUAUGUCUUCCACUAAUCUCCAUGUUUGCUCUGUUUCGUCACUCAGCUUUGUACUUUUGGAAACAUUUGCUUUUCCCUCUCUGCUUUUACCUCCUUUCUAUUUGUUUCUAAAGAGAAAAGCCCUUAGGCUGGAGGUAGAUAUCAGAUGCAAGGACAUGGAACCUCCAUUUGUUCUUUCUGAGUUGUGAGUAGUGAGGUGAGUUUGGCCAAGUAAGUAGCGCAAUGUCCCUAGAAGAUGGACCGCCGUACUCUUGGCCAUGAGUUGAGUAGGGUUUACAGGGAGGAUGAUGU